CUGCUGGCGGCGCUGAGUGUCACACUGUCGCUCAACGAUUAUCUGAAUGAUGGUUUUGCAAACAACUGGGUACGGGCAUCGGAUUGGGACUGGAAUUCGGAGAUUGUGGUAAUCACUGGCGGAAGCAGUGGCAUUGGUGAGCACGUCGCCCGCCAACUUCUCGCAAAGAAUAUCCAAACGACAAUCGUCAUCCUCGACUAUGUCCCGAUGACGUGGGCGGCACCAGCAAAAAGCAAGGUCCACUACUACCAAGUCGAUCUAAGCAAUUCAUCCAACAUCAGUACCAUAACUCAGAGAAUUCGAGACGAAGUCGGCCAUCCCACGGUGUUGGUGAACAAUGCCGGGUUAAGCCGUGGAUUCACGGUCAUGGAUGGCAGCUACAUGGACGUUGAGGUCACAAUUCGGACGAAUCUUGUGGCGCCAUUUCUUCUCAUCAAGGAGUUCAUACCACAGAUGGUCAGCCGCAACCAUGGGCACAUUGUCAAUAUCAGCUCGAUGAGCGCCCUGAUACCGCCAGCAAGAGUUGCUGACUAUGCUGCCACAAAGGCUGGUCUAGUUGCAUUACACGAGGCACUGCAACUAGAGCUCAAGGACGUGCACGGAGCACCAAAGGUGCGGCUGUCUCUGGCCAUCUUAAGCUUUGUUCGGACGCCUCUUUUCAAGGGAGAAACACACCAGUCAAACUUUUUGUUUCCGCUUAUGCACGUUGAAACCGUGGCCGACAGCAUCGUGGAUACGCUGUACAGCGGCCUUGGAAGGACCAUUUACCUGCCGGGAAUCAUGCGCUAUGUUGCAAUUUUGAAAGGCGGUCCGGAUUGGUUCUUCCGUAUUAUUAGGAAUGGGUCGAAUAAUCUAGGUGUGGAUUUCAAAGGGCGUCAGAGAAUUGACCCGAAGACAGGAAGACUAGGUCAA